GUCCCCUUUCUCCCUUCCAUUGUAGAAGCUGCGUGGGAGAUCGUCCAGUACUCAGAGGAGUCGACACAGCCGCUAGUACAGAGCAGUCAUCUCCAUCAUGGCCUCCCGAACCGUUGAUAUUCCGCAGGAUGUGCAGGAUGCCUUGAAGAAGUUCAGGUUCAAAAAAGUCAAGGGGCUCUCGGCGCUCUCAGUCAAGAUUGUCAAGAAAGACCUGGCGUUGGCGGUUGACGAGGAAUUAGACGUGGACUCUGUGGAAGAGGUUGCCGAUGAGCUCCCUGAGAAUGCGCCUCGUUACGUCCUCAUCUCUUAUGAACUGAAACACAAAGAUGGACGCAUCUCAAACCCACUCUUAUUGGUCAACUGGGCUCCUCCGUCAUCUCCAAUAGACCUGAUGACUUUACAUGCCUCGGCUCUGAGCUAUUUCCAGCAAGCAGCUGAUGUAGGAAAGGUACUGGAAGUCAGAGACGGCGCCGAAGGCUUGACAACGCAGGCUGUUGAGGAUCGUUUAUUGGCUUGACGCGAAAUCUGCCCGGACUGCGACCGUUAUGCACGUUCAACAUCAGUCUGCUCCUCUCUAUGCAUCUCUUGUACGGCCG